GAACGGUCCCUUUAACUCACAAGACCUGCCUGCUCUGCAGCUCCACCUGCUGGCCGACUAAUAAGACGUUGUUCGGUUUUCACUGAGAUUCAUGAAAGCUACUCAAAUUUUGUCUAACGGUUAAGUCUUAUUUUGAUAUUUUAUUUAUUUUGUUAACAUUUCAUCAUGUCAAAUGAACGUGUAGGCCUACACACAGGUAAGAAGUCGGCUAUUUCAUCUCCUUGUGCCGUGCUCAUCCCUCUCUAAGCAAGCUUUUCUCUGAGAAUGAACUCUAUUUUAGACAUCUGUGUGUUGUUAAGCAGUGUUUCUGUGUUUUCUGCACGGAGUAGGUGACGUUUAGGAGAGGAGGGGCUUUUAUGCGCCGACCGUCCCCCACGUGUUGUUAAGGAAGGAUGAUGAUUUAAGUACAGUUAACCGAGUGGCCAUCUACAGCAGAAUAGCGCCUGGCCCAGCGACUCCAUGCAUACGGCAUUAUACCGGUGCCGCACUUGAUCGCCGCGGCCGAUUAUAUGUAUUUAUUUUCCUCUCCACUGAUGGAUGAACAAUGGAGAAGCCGUCAGCAGAAAUUUCUGGUGACCCUCCUAUUUUCCCAUGCACCAGAUCAUUGUUUAUGAUGCUGUUGUUGUGUAGGAGGGCAGGGACGGACCUGAUCUCGGCGGAUUUCUGCUAGAAACCACUCAGAACUCGACGGGCUGUGACCGGCCUCGCAUCCUUCCAGAUCCGAGCAGCUGAUGUUCGCGGUGCUGCCGCUCUCCUCCUGGCGAACAUGGUGAAAUUCCCGGCGCUCACGCACUACUGGCCUCUCAUCCGAUUCCUGGUGCCGCUGGCCAUAACCAACAUAGCCAUCGACCUCGGCGAACAGGCUUUGAACAGGGGUAUUGCGACUGUUAAAGAGGAUGCGGUAGAAAUGCUGGCCAGCUAUGGUCUGGCCUACUCCCUCAUGAAGUUCUUCACUGGCCCUAUGAGUGAUUUCAAGAACGUAGGGCUGGUGUUUGUCAACAGCAAACGGGACAGAACCAAGGCAGUCCUCUGUAUGGUCACCGCAGGAACCGUGGCUAUCAUUUUCCACACUCUUAUUGCCUACACAAAUCUGGGCUAUUACAUCAUUAACAAACUGCAUCAUGUGGAUGAGUCUGUGGGGAGUAAGACACGGAAGGCGUUUCUCUAUCUGGCUGCUUUUCCUUUACUUGACGCCAUGGCCUGGACUCAUGCUGGAAUCCUUCUGAAGCACAAGCACAGUUUCCUAGUGGGAUGUGCAUCUAUUUCUGAUGUUGUUGCACAGAUUGUGUUUGUCGCUAUUUUGCUCCACAGUCACCUGGAGUGUGUGGAGCCCUUGUUGAUCCCAAUCCUCUCUCUGUAUAUGGGUGCCUUGGUACGCUUCACUAUUGUUGGUUUGGGUUACUACAGGAACAUUCAUGACAACAUCCCAGAAUCCAGUGGGCCUGAGGUUGGGGGUGAUGCCACUAUUAAAAAGAUGCUAAGCUUUUGGUGGCCGUUGGCUCUCAUCCUGGCCACGCAGCGGAUCAGCAGACCUAUCGUCAACCUGUUUGUGUCACGGGAUCUGAAAGGAAGCACAGCUGCCACAGAGGCUGUCGCAGUUCUCACAGCAACAUAUCCAGUGGGUCAUAUGCCAUAUGGAUGGCUCACUGAACUCAGAGCUGUUUACCCUGCAUUUGACAAGAAUAACCCAAGCAACAAGCUGGCCAACAGUGGUACAGUUGUGACAAAGUCCCACAUCAAGCGCUUCACUUUUGUUUGUUUGGCUCUUUCUAUAACGCUCUGUUUUGUGGUGUUCUGGGCACCACACAUUUCUGAGAGGAUCCUGGUGGACAUCAUUGGCGUAGAUCAUGCCUUUGCUGAGCUGUGUGUUGCCCCAUUACGAAUUUUCUCCUUCUUUCCCAUUCCAGUGACGAUGCGUGCUCACCUGACUGGUUGGCUCAUGACCCUGAAGAAGACCUUUGUCCUGGCACCCAGCUCUGUCCUCCGCAUCAUUGUCCUCAUUAGCAGUCUCAUAGUGCUGCCUUACCUGGGGGUACAUGGAGCCACACUUGGUGUUGGAUCCCUGCUGGCUGGUUUCCUUGGGGAGUCUACUAUGGUUGCAAUCGCAGCAUGCUAUGUCUACCGAAAACAGAAGAAAAAGAAAGAAUCCGAUGAAGACAUGACCAUCGACGGGGAGGACUCUGCCCCCAUGAACGAGGUCAGGCCCGGGGGCCGCAUGGACGACUUUGUGGAGUUGAGAGAAGAGGAUGAGGAAGAGCUGGAGGAAGACUGAGCAGUGGAUUCUAGGCUGAGCAGGAUGCGUUGUGGGAAUCGGGGCCUUCUUGCUUUCUCGGGCAGUGUUUUUAUUGCUUACUGUCCCCUGCUGCCACCUUUCCCUCCUGCCGAAGCGAGAGCCCACCUCAACUUUUCAGUGUGCACACAGUUCAAAUAACCACAGAGGGAGAUUUAGAUAUCAGUCGUCAAGACUACAGUCGUCUGCUGCAGCAUAUCUAUGUUACAGUACACACGCUGACAUACAAAUGCAUACAUGGGUCUUCCAGCUGCCAUCCGGAGAUUUUAUUUUCUGAUGCAGGACAGUGAAGAUAUUGAUCUGUACCAAAGCAAUGUUGUGCAUUAACUGCUAUUUUUUCUGUAUGCUGAUCUUUAAUGUGCUGCCGUCCUACACAUUUUUAAACUUCAAAGGAAAGACUACACUAAAUGCAGUUGCAUCAUCUGCUUGGAAUGUAUUUUCUUCUUCUUCUUUUUUACUUCUAAUAUUUAACAGACAGGACAGACUUGAUAAGAUUUUUGAAGUCCAGAGGUGGUGACCUGUGUUACUGCACAGUUUCAACUUUUUUUUUUUUUUGGCUUUAUCAUUACAAGAAAUGUCAACAGAGGGUAUAAAAAUAUAUAUUACAGAUUUUUUAUAGGAAUUGAGAAUGAAUUUGAUGGACAUCUUAGAAAACAACAGUUUCAGAGUGACAAAUGGUUGAAGUUUAUGGGUCAUCUAGAGGACCUAUUUUUUUAAAUAUACAUACCAUAUGUUGUAGGUGUAUAAAAUAUGAUUCAUUAUGUAUGGGUGUGGUUGUGAACUCUGUAUAUUGUAGGAAAAGAAAGAAUUGGACUGUGUGUUUUCAUAAUUGCGUCUUAAUUUAUUUUGGGCAUUCAUUUUGUAUCUCAGGAUGUUCGUGAUGGAAAAUAUUAAAGUAAUAUAAAGUCUGAAUAAUUAUCCCUCCCUAAUGAGCUGUUUUUCAAGUUUCUCCAUGGGACAAAAAUACACAAAGCUUCUAAAGAUGUUUUAAGCCGGUGUUUGUUUCAUUUAGAUUAUAGUGAAGUCUGGCUGAGCUUGUUCUGUAUUUGAGAUUUCCUGGACAAUGCAAAGUCAUGAUAGAAACAUUUAAUACAGUUUCAGAAGUCUUCGGUCCUCUCAUUAAACAGUGAAAAUGUGGU